CACGUCGGAUUGUAAUUGAUGUAACCCCAUCCGCUGAUUUCAAAACUCAGCCUGUUCCCAGUAGUUUGUAGUUUGGGUUACUUUUACCAUUCUGUCGUGAUGCCUGCUGAAAAUCUACGAUGGGACACUUUACAGGCUCUAAAAAAUUCACCAAAGGCAAACAUAAGAUUUGACCCAUACUGGUCGCAAAGGGGCGAGGAUAUUUUGGCAGGUUGCAAAGAUGGCCUCAGCUUGUCCUCGGACUCUGCGGUCAUAUUGGAGCGGUUCAGCUCUUCACCCCUGCAGAAGUCCUGCUUUCUGGGUUCCAGCUCUGGAGACUCCAGCCCUGGCCUCUCUGAGGAGAUCUCAGCCUCAGCUUCCUCCACAGGAUCCAUCCCUGACAUCAAUGGGAAGCACACCACACUUUCUGCAGCCCCACCUGUAAGGGCCGAGAGUGAGCAGGCUCUUAGUGAUGAGGCGAGGGAUGAAGAUCCAGAGACAGACAGCGAAGUUUCCAGUCCUACAUCGCUACCUGCCAUUUCGCUGCUGUCGCCCAAAGCCAUGGAGACGGCGGGCCACAUUCUCAAAUUUGAGGCGGAACAACGAGAAAAGGCCAAGAUGGCGCUCAAACUGCGGCAGGAGAUGCAGGAGAAGCUGGUGGCGGCGGUGGCAAGCUCAGAGUCGGAGCAGCUGAAACGCUUUGAGGAGUUCAUGGAGUUGAAGCAGAGACAGGAGUACCAGAGCAUGAGGGACAUGAUGGAAAGAGAAACUAAAGAGAGCAUCGGGCGUCAAGAGAAACUGAAGGAAGAGCAAAGAUACAGAAUGAAGAUCCUCAACCUGCGGCUGAGGGAGGCGGAGCAGCAGCGCCAUCGGGAGGCGGAACUGGAGCGGCAGCGGCGGACGGAGGGCAGGGAGAGACUGCGUAACCUUAACGCCAUCCAGGAGGAGAUCCUGCAGCUCAACCAACUGCUGGAUCCGUCCACCCAGACCAAAACCGAGCUCCCGCUGGCCAGCCUCAACUCCCUCAGCACCCGUGGGAACCAACUGUGCUCCCAGGUGUCAGAGGUGGUGCGAAAGACAGCAGAGGGAGAGUUUCCCAGCGUAGAAGACAUGACCGUGGCCGAGCGAGCCCUGCACGAGAUGAGGGCGCUGAUCCGGCUGAUGCAGGAGGAGGUCGCCAAGUCUCAAGAGAAGAAGAAGAAGGAGCAAGAGCAGGAAGAGGAGCGCAGGAAGCAGGUGGAGCUGCAGGCACAGCAGGAAGCACAGAAGAAGGCGGCGCAGUCGGCCAAAGAGAAGGCACAGAGGAAAGGGCUGCAGAACAGUGCUGAAGAAAGCACACUGAAAUGGUACAAGGAGCUGCAGCUGUCAGCUGCUCAGUGCGCUCAGUCCUUCGAACAACUCAACUCCCCGAAAGACGCCCAGACAAAGAAGCUGAAAUUGGAGCUCCAGAAAGCAGCCAGCAUCCCUGUCAGUCAAAUCUCCAGCAACUCUGGAUCGCAGCUCCAAGAAAUCUUUGACAAGAUUGACAAGCUGCUGUCGGGGCGGCCGGUGGUGUCGGGAGGGAAGUCUGUCUCCACCUCCCAGCAUCCACAGGGCCUGGACUUUGUCAGUUACAAACUGGCUGAGAAGUUUGUGAAACAAGGAGAGGAGGAGGUGGCUUCUCACCACGAAGCUGCCUUCCCCAUCGCCGUGGUGGCCUCUGGCGUUUGGGAGCUGCACCCUCGAGUGGGUGACUUUAUCCUCGCCCACCUGCACAAGAAAUGUCCGUACGCAGUCCCACAUUACCCUCCAAUGAAGGAAGGCACACAGGUGGAGGAAUAUCAGAGGAUUCUUGGUUACCGUGUGGACGACUCCGGGGUUGAAGGUCAAGACAGUUUCCUGAAGAGGAUGUCUGGGAUGAUCCGUCUCUACGCUGCCAUAAUCCAGCUGAGGUGGCCCUACGGUUCCAAGCAGGGGGCUGCUCCUCACGGUCUGAACAAUGGCUGGCGUUGGUUAGCUCAGAUGCUCAACAUGGAGCCCCUGGCAGACAUCACGGCUACGCUGCUGUUCGACUUUCUUGAGGUUUGUGGUAAUGCUUUGAUGAAGCAGUAUCAGGGCCAGUUCUGGAAACUCAUCCUGCUCCUUAAAGAUGAAUACUUCCCGAGAAUUGAAGCAGUGACCAGCACUGGACAGAUGGGCUCAGUCAUCAGACUCAAACAGUUUCUAGAGACGUCACUGCAGAGCCGACAGAUCAGUCCGCCCAAAGGCCAGCUGAACGCCAUGUUCUGGAGGUCGUGAUGGAGGAGGAGCAGUGUUGGAUGUUGCUGCAUGACGUCGCUUAGGACUGAAUAAAGCGGAGAGGGAAGUGGUCUGAGGCUGGAAAACUGUGUGCUUUGUGGCUGGAGACUUAGUCUACAACCAACUUUAGUCGCUAAUCGGAGAGGAAAAGUCAAAGCUGCUCCUGUAGGAAGAUGUGCGUCACAUCUGUUUAGUUACACAGCUUCUGUGGCUCAUGAACUUUGUGUCAGGUUCAUUCACUGGAUGACUCAAAGAACUGAUCAGUAGGAAUGUGAUGGACGGUGACACACCCAACUACAUUUUCUGAAUACAACAUUAAUUCAACAGUUUUGAAGGGGCUAACAGUGAGAUAUUUAUCUCUGGAUUAAAACAGUGAAGGGAGUACACGUCGUCUCGCCAGCACAUCCGUCCUCCCAACGUCAGUAUGAACUGAUGGUUUUCUGCUUACAGCUUUAGAACAUACUUUAUUAUUCAUGUGUGCACAACAAAAAAACAUCCAGCAAAAAGAACCAAAUUCUGAAACUAGGACAUGCAAUAAUUAUGUUGUGUUGAGAUGUCAAGGUCUCCCUUGCGUUGCCUCAGGCUGAAAGUUUUCCAGAGUUCAAAGAUCAUAAUGUGGAGCUGUUUUACUGGUAGUGUGUUGUAAUCCCUGUGUGGGGGGAAAAGCUCUUUAUUUUACUUUAUUUGUCCACUACGGGAUCACUGCUGUUUGUUUUUAUUAAGUCUCCACAGUUGCUGUUCCAAUCAGAAUUGAAUGAUUUGAACUUUUGCUAUUUAUUUUUUUAAUGAAUCCACCGUGUGGAUGAAGAUGUAUGCUCUGAUGAACUGUCAGUGUAAUCAUUGUGAAUGGAGCUGCCCCAAGAUUAGAAAUAUAAUGUGAAAAACUGCUGAAGUGCAUUUGUCAAUAUUUCCAAAACACAAAUGAUUUGAUCCUCAUGUUGAAACAGAAAUCUGCUUCAGUGCUUUAAAGUUAAUUUUGGAGGAGCAGAGCAGAGGUGUCUUCUGAAUAUAAUGUAGAUUAUAAAGGUUUAUUACCAGAAUGAUUGUUGUUCUCAUCUGUAUCUAUAAACCAGAUGUCUGAAAUAAAACCUCAUCAGAAGUUUA